AUGUCUCAUACCGCUACAGAGUCCAUGUCCUCUACCUUGCGGCGCAUGUCACUAGCAAGGACAAACUCUAACAAUGAACAAUCCUCAAUCGUCCAUCGUCUUUUCAGAGAACAUCACGAAUCCCCCAAACACCAUGCCGGCCUCGAUCCGUCUCGUGCCUCGACCGGCGUGGUCUGGACGAGCGAAAGAGCCUACGACCACGGCUACCUCGACGAACCGCAUGCCUGGGCAAAUCUCGGUCAAGGCGCUCCCGAAGUGGAAGACGAUAUCGAAGGCUGCUUCAAGCGUCCCGAAUCCAUCCCCAUCAGCGUCAGCGGCCGCGAAUAUGGCCCCACCGCCGGCAUCAGACCCCUCCGCGACGCCGUCGCUCAUCUCUACAAUGCCCACCAUCGCCAAGGCAAACCCAGCCAAUACACCUGGGAGAACGUCGCCAUCGUCCCCGGCGGACGCGCCGGCCUCAUCCGCAUCGCCGCCGUCCUCGGCAACGCCUACCUAGGCUUCUUCAUCCCGGACUAUACCGCCUACAACGAGAUGCUCUCCCUCUUCCGCAACUUCUCCGCCCUCCCCAUCCCGCUGGCCGAGGACGACCGCUAUCACAUCAGUGCCGAGACCAUCGCCCACGAGAUCGCCCGCGGCACCUCUGUCAUCCUCACGUCCAAUCCGCGCAAUCCCACCGGCAUGGUCAUGCCGUCCGACGAGCUGCAGGAGAUCCAGGGGAUCUGCCGCGGGCGGGCGACAUUGAUCAUGGAUGAGUUCUACGGCGGGUAUAACUACACCUCUGGUUGCGACGGCACUGUCAUCUCGGCGGCCGACAACAUCGUGGAUGUGAAUGCCGACGAUGUGUUGAUUAUCGAUGGUCUGACGAAGCGGUUUCGGCUGCCGGGGUGGCGGGUGGCGUGGAUUCUGGGGCCGAAGGAGUUCAUUAAGGCAAUCGGAUCGUGUGGGUCGUAUCUGGACGGCGGGACGAAUGUUCCGUUUCAGGAGGCAGCGGUUGCGAUGUUGGAGCCGGAUCGGGUGCGGUGCGAGAUGGUGGCGUUGCAGAAGCAUUUCCGGGAUAAGCGGGACUACGUGGUGAUGCGGUUGCGCAACAUGGGAUUCGAUCUCGCCUACGUCCCGAACAGUACGUUCUACAUCUGGUUGAACUUGUCCGAGCUGCCGGAAGCCAUCAACGACGGCCUCAACUUCUUCGAAGCGUGCCUCGAGGCGAAGGUCAUCGUUGUCCCGGGCAUUUUCUUCGAUCUGAAUCCGGCGAAGCGACGAGAUCUCUUUGAUAGUACGUGUCACCACUAUGUUCGGCUGUCGUAUGGGCCGAAGAUGGAUGUGUUGGCACGAGGAUUGGAUGCGAUGGAGAGGGUCAUCCGAAAAGCGACUAGCGGAUCGAAGAGGCAGAGCUUUGAGUUCGCACCGGUCUUUGACGCUACGAAUGAAUCUUCUUGA